AUGUUAAAUGAGAAAUAAGAUUAUUUCAUGCCCAUUCUUAAAAUGAUGCCUAAAACUAUGGAAUCUUCAUAAUUAGUUCCUAUUCUUUUAAAUAUGAUGAUAAAUGAUCUUGUUUUCGAAUAAUAUUCACUAGAAGAUGAAGAUUAUAUGUAAAAUCUUAAUGAUUAAAAUGCAUUUAAUGACAAAGAAAUUAUGGAUCUUCUUACUGGUAUUGAAAAAGGUAUUUAUAACCUACUCACUACUUCAGAAUUUAUUCCUAAAGGAUAUGGAUAACCUAAUGGUUAAAUGAUGAUGCCUCCUCCUAUGGGAUACUAUUGA